CCACAAUCCAAUGACCCCGAGCGAGCAGAAAGCUGAACCAUUCUUCCACAUGCAUAUCAUUAUUCGACCUAAUCCAGAUUUAUCAAGACAAACAAUUUAAUACCCCUUGGAUUCGCAAAUUCUAAAAAAAACAGGAUGAAACACCUAAGUACCGCAGAGAACCAUGGACGUGAGGAGGCCUUGAGGUCGAAACCGCUCGCAACGACGAAAUACACGAUCCAGUGGAAUCAUCACAAGGGAGGAAUAUUCGACACGUUUGCAAAGUAUUUGGAUACGGGAUUUAUGUGCGAUAUUGCGCUUUCGUGCGCCACUGAGGAGAUCUUUAUUUCGUGCCAUAAACUUAUCCUCGCUGCUACUUCAGAAUAUUUUGAGAAAAUAAUUAGGAAAAUGCCUAAAGAAUAUAUGGGUGGUCCUGGUUGUCUUAUCCUUAGUGGUGUCAAGUCUCGGUUAGAUUUGGAAUCAAUUUUGGCCUUCAUUUAUAAGGGCAAAGUAGUGCUAGAAGAGAAACAAAUUGCUGGAUUUUUGAAAGCUGCAGAGUUAUUGAGAAUUAAAGGAAUUGUUCUUCCAACAGAAAUUCAACAAUCUGUUGUAGAGGGUGCUACCGUUACUUGUAUGGAUGCACUUCAAUCCACUGUAAAUGUUGAAGAUCAGGUUCGUUUUGGGAAUCGAAUUUUCGACGAGAGUACGACAAUAUGCGCAAUGGAUAAUGUUGAAAAAGGCUCCAGGAACAUAUCGUGCGCUGAGAAUCCUCAGGUCACCCAAACUAAAGACCGAAAAAUCCAAUCUGGCGAUAAUAAUAAAAUCGCUAAAGGAAAAGGAAAAGCCGUUUGGUUGGCAUUUUAUUCAGGUAAAGAGUCAAAGUCAAAGAAUUCUGAAAAAUACAAGAAGUAUUCCUACGAUCAAAUUUGCAAUGCAAUAAAUGCAGUCCAGAGUGGAAUGCGUCAUUCUAAUGCCGCUAAAAAAUUUGGAGUUCCGAUCCGCACCUUGUACGGCCGAACUAAUCGUCAAAAGCAAGAUACUUUAAAGAAAAAUGCAAAUUCUCGUGAAGAUAUAGAUAAUUUUAUUGAGCAGAACCAGGAGACCGAUGAAAUGCUCACGUCACGUCCUUCCAGCCCAGCAACUUCCCAAGCUACCACUGCAUACUGCAUGCAAUGAUGGUUAGCCGAUCGUAAUAUCUAAAAGUUCGAAAGAAUAGUCAGGAUGCUCUUAUGAACGUACGUAUUUUGUGCAUAUUGUCAGAAGUGUGAUGUUUCGUUAUAUAAUGAAUUAUUAAUGUACUCUGUCUGUUAUUAUGAGGAGCUUAUUUGCUACUUUCCUUUUAAAUAAAUUUAAAUUUAAAAUUGUA